AUGUCUGACGCUGCUGUAGACCAAGUUGAACAAGGCGUAGGAGAAGUGAAGUUGUCCAAGAAAGAGUUGAACAAGCUCAAGAAACAACAACAAAAGGCUGCGUUGAAGGCCGCGGUGAGUCAUUUACAAUUUGUUUUGAAAUUUAGAUAAGAAAAUCUAAAAAGUUGAUGGAAAUUAAGGCAUUAAGCAAUGUUAAUAACCAUGUGUUUGCAGAGCCAGGGCGAAAAGCAGGAGCAACAAGGACAAGAAGAAGGUGAGGAUGUGAGUGCUGGUAAAUAUGGAACCUACAAGUUGUUGCAAUCUAGUCAGUUGGACAAGAAGAAGGAUAUUGAGUUUGUUGAUGUUCAGAAUCUUGACGAAAGUUUGGAUGGCAAAGAAGUUUGGAUCCGCGGAAGGCUACACACUUCUCGUGUUAAGGGAAAAAGUUGUUUUGUUGUUAUUAGACAACAGAUCUAUACGAUUCAGGGGCUUUUGUUUGUUGGAUCUGAUGUUUCCAAGCAGUUGUUGAAGUUUAUCAGCACUGUUUCUAAGGUGGGUCAUGGAUAACAUCUCAAAUUGUUUAUAAAAUGAGGUUUUUAGUUGGACUUUUUUACUUGAUAGCAAGAAAACAUUGUUAUCUUUAUUUCAAACAUUAAUUUAAUUUAAACUUCAACAAUAAUUUUCUAAAAUCACUAAAACAUUGUUCACAACACCAUUAAGUUCUUCCUUUUUAGGAAUCCAUUGUUGACGUGCACGGUACGAUUCACAAGGUUGACCAGCCAAUUGAAUCAUGUUCUCAAAGGACUGUAGAACUUAAAGUCAAUGAAUUCUGGGUAGUGUCGGCCGCGGAACCUUGUCUACCAAUUCAAAUUGAGGAUGCAACUCGAGCUGAAGACCCAAGCAAUGAAUUGCCAACUGUUGCUUUGGAUUCUCGACUUGACAACCGGUAAGUGGGUGUUUUAGGAUUGGUUUGACUUUAUUUUGGUCAAAAAGAUUUUGAAAUGGUUAUAUUUUGGCAAUUAGGCACUUUUAAAUGUUAUUUUCAAUAAUAAUAUUUUUUUAGUGUUCUUGAUCUCCGAACAGUAACAAGUCAGGCAAUUUUCAAGGUUCAGGCUGGCAUUUGUCAUGCUUUUAGGACAUCUUUGGUCAACAAGGGUUUUAUUGAGAUUCACACUCCAAAAAUCAUCUCUGCUGCUUCUGAAGGCGGUGCUAAUGUCUUUGAAGUGAGUUUUCUAUAUUUUGCUGUAACUUUAAAAAUCUUAUUGUAAUAUUGGAUAUUGUGCUUUGAUUUUGAGCAUUUUUAUCUAAUUUUGGAUAUUGAUACUAUAGUUUAGGCUUUACUACUGUAAUAUUAAGUAUAUUAAUGUAACUUUAAUUUAUUGUCACAUUUUUUAAAUUUAAAAUAAUUUUAUUGACCUCAUUAUAAUUUUAGGUAUCCUACUUCAAAGGCUCGGCCUACCUAGCUCAAUCUCCUCAACUGUAUAAGCAAAUGGCAAUUGCUGGUGAUUUUGGAAAGGUUUUCACGAUUGGAGCUGUCUUCCGUGCUGAAGACUCCAAUACUCAUAGGCAUAUGACAGAAUUCGUUGGACUUGACUUGGAAAUGGCUUUCAAAUUCCAUUACCAUGAGGUAAGUUGCUUUAAACUUUGAUUUGAGUACAGUAAUGUCGAGAUAAGGGAAGAUGAAAAAAUUGUAUUGUUGGCUAAAAUUUUGGGAAGAUGACGAAAGUACGGGAGUAAUCUGGGCAGUAAUGACAUUUUUUAUCUAAAAAAUGAAAAAAAGCCUUUUUUAUAACAAGAAAUUGAAAAGAUUAGGUUUUUCUUUUUAAAAACUAAAAAAAGACAAAAACGCUAUUUUUAACCAUUCCAGGCCAUGUACACCGUCGCCAACUGCAUGAUUGAAGUCUUCAAAUACCUCCAAUCUAACCUCGAUUCCGAAAUCAAGACCAUCGGCCGCCAAUACAAGUCCGAGCCCUUCCUCUUCACCGAACAACCAUUGGUCCUCAACUACUGGGAAGGCGUACAACUUCUGAAGGAAAACGGAAUCGACCAAAAAGAAGACGAAGACCUCUCCACCCCAGUCGAAAAAGAGCUUGGCCGCCUUGUUCGAGAGAAAUACCAGACCGACUUUUACAUUCUGGACAAGUUCCCCAUCACUGUGCGACCCUUCUACACCAUGUCAGACCCAGACGACUCGAGAUGGUCGAACUCGUAUGACAUGUUCAUGAGAGGCGAGGAAAUCUUGAGUGGAGCUCAACGUAUCCACGACCCGGUCAUGUUGACGGAGAGAGCCAAACAUCAUCAGAUUGAUAUUUCGAAGAUUCAGUGUUAUAUCGACGCGUUCAAGUAUGGAUGCCCACCUCAUGCUGGUGGUGGAAUUGGUAGGUUAUUAGGGGGCUGAUUUAGGGAAGGAGUAGGGAAGGAAAAAAAUAUUUUAUAUAUGGUUGUUUAAAUAAUUGUGUGGAACUAAAUUUACAUUGAUGACCAGGGUUUUUGAUACCUUUAAAAUGUUUUAAAUUGGCUCAAAAUGAAAAGUUAUAUAUAUAAAGUGGCAAGGAUUAUUUAUAUUUUCUUUAUUUUUAAAGCUUGUACAUUUUUAUAAUGCUGCAGUACACAAAAUUUAAAAAAAUCAUCUUAUAGAGUACAGAGGUACAUAAAAUUGUAUAGUUGAGUAUGCUGUAGUAGGCUCAGUGCCUUCUUUUGGCGCCAUCUUCAUUAUCUUGCCUAAUUUGAUUGGCUCUAGCAGUUAGCCGAUCGAGUUCUGCAAUGAUCUCUGCACGUCGUUGGGGAUCGUUGUAGCAUAUCAGUCUGAUCUUUAAGACUUCAUAUGCUUUUUUGAUGGCUUCUUGUGUCUCGAAGUCAUCAUUAGGCUCGGCGUGACAACGCUUACGGCUUCCGGGCUGAAAUGGUUGAAAUAAUAUAUUGUUUUUGAGGCUUUAAAGUAAUGAAAAUACAUAAGUAUGAGGCUGUUAAAAUAAUUCAGUGCCUUAACACAAUGAGUAAAAUUAAACAGCAAAGAUGUUCAAACUUACUUGUACGACUCUAGAUGAGGUUGUACCUUCAUUGUUAAGGCUAUAAUUAACGUAGAUUGAGUCCAUUUUUAAAAAUAUUAUGGACAAAUGAGGCGAGCGAGUUGUGAAGCAGGUAAAGGAGAUAAAAUAAAGUAAAAAAGGAAGGGUCAGGAAGAUGCUCUAGUGACGCUAAGAUCGGUACAACUAUCAAGCAUCUUUAUAGAGAACUCUCCUUUUUUACCUUUUAGGAUAUAGUUUUUGUAGUUUACAAUUUAUUAAGAGGGUCAUUAUGGCAAAAAUAUAGUAAAUUUGGAAGGCGAUACUGAAGGUGAAGAUAAUAUUGAUAUUACUGAAGGGUGGAUAUGAUAAACUUUUGAGAUUAAAAAAUAUAAAAUUUUGAAUUUCAUUUUCCAAACAUACGUAUCAAUACCUUGACACAAUUCCAGGUCUGGAGCGCGUUACCAUGCUGUUCCUGGGUCUGAAGAACAUUCGUUUAUCUUCAUUGUUCCCCCGUGACCCCAAACGCCUCACCCCCUGA